AAUACAUCGACUUCCCUCCGCUGUCGCACGCCUUCGGUGACAACGGACGCACAUCUACAUAAGCAGUCCUCUGCCCGCCAUGCUCAGCGCAAAGUGGGCGCUUCCCUUCCUAUUAGCGCUGUUGUCCCUGCUGUCACAAAGCCUCGCAGCGUCCCCCACGUCGUUUUGCAAAUGCACCUGUUUCGGUAAUUCAACCAUAAUCGCUCUCUCCGGGACGUCGUCCAAAGACAGCUCCGCGUCCAAGUCCGAGCCCAAGUCGCAUCCGGGCACGUGUAACGACUGCAACCGCAAGUUCUGCCUCGAUUACAAUCUCCCCAUCUGCAAGACGGCCAAGGAAGAAGACGUGGUCACGACGUGUUUCCAAAGAGACUCUGCCAAGGACGAGGCUGUGGUGUUCAUCUUCAUCUUCGCAACGACGGGACUGCUCGUCUACGCGGCGAUUCGACCCUGGGUAGAAACUUGGGCGGAGAGAGUCAGGGAAAGGAGGAUGUACAUGCCCGUCAGCGGAGUCGGAGUGAGCGAACAUCACGCUGGUGCCGACGAAUCAUGAGUUGAAGAUACCCAUUGUCCAUGACACACGACCUGGAUAGGCUAAUGGAGCAUGCAACGGGACCUGGACAUGGCGUUUUUGUUUAUUAUUGAAGGGCGUUUUCAUCUAUAUGUACAAUUUUUUGGUACAAGGCCACUUCCAACCGGAGUAGACAUAUGGUUUGAUGUAUGCAAAGACGCCGCCGAAUGCUCUUCUAGGUGGAGGAGGACGGAAAAACAAGCAUAGAAAUAAUGAACAAGCGAGCCACCAUGCCAAACAGCAUCCACAAACAAGGACAUAUGGC